AUGGAUGGACAACCCGACGCAGACAGGGAUAGGGAUAGACUUAUGGGAGGUGAUAACAGUGCAGCAGAAGGUGAUGGGGACAGAGGACGAUAUAGCACCAUGAUGCGGUGCGCCUCGCAGUCGUCCCUAGACGAGUCGUCGCAGCGGCCCGCCUCGGGCGAAAGCGGUGCCAGCGGGGGAGCGCAGCACGCCACCAAGCUGCUGGAAGCGCUGGCGCGCUUGCGCCGCGACGCUACGCUCUGCGACGUGCGCCUGCACGCGCGCUGCGAGCCCGACCAGCCCGCGCCCGCACCCGCGCCCUCGCCCCCUCCCUCGUCCGCGCCUCAAGCAGCAGCGCCCGAGUCGGCCGAGUCCUCCGAUCGCUCCGAACCCUCCGAGCCUUCAGAGCCCUCCAACGCAGUGUACGCGCACCGCGCUGUGUUGGCCGCCUGUUCACCAUAUUUUCACGCCAUGUUUACGCAGUUCGACGAGCGCACACAACCCACCGUCACUAUACAGAACGUGGAGCCGAGCGCGCUGGAGGCGAUCGUGGAGUACGUGUACAUGCCCGAGUCGCUGGUGAUCUCGGAGGACAACGUGCAGAGCCUGCUGUCGGCGGCGUCGCUGCUGCAGGUGCUGGGCGUGCGCGAGGCGUGCUGCGCCUUCCUGGCCGCCGCACUGGCGCCAGACAACGCGCUCGGCAUCCGCGCCUUCGCCGAGCUGCACGCCUGCGCCGAGCUCUGCCUCUGCGCGCAGCGCUAUGUCGAGCACCACUUCGUCGAGGUUCUGGAGACGGAGGAGUUUCUGGCGCUGGAGGCGGACACGCUGGCGGCGUUGCUGGACAGCGACCGGAUCACCGUGCCCAACGAGGAGGUGGUGCUGGACGCCGUGGUGCGGUGGAUGCGUCACGCGCCCGAGGCCCGCGCGGGACAGCUGGGCGCGCUGCUGGAGCACGUGCGCCUGCCGCUGCUGGCGCAGGACACGCUCGUGGCGCGCGCCGCGGCCGAGCCGCUGGCCGGCGCGGGGCUGCGCGUCAAGGACCUGGUCAUCGAGGCGCUGUCCUUCCACCUGCUGCGGCCCGAGCGCCGCGCCGCCGCCGCCGCCGCCUGCGCGCGCGCCCGCCCGCGCCAGCCGCCGCGCUCGCCCAAGGCGCUGCUCGUGGUGGGCGGCCAGGCCCCCAAGGCCAUCCGCGACGUGGAGGCCUUCCACAUGGAGUGCGGGCGCUGGCGCGCCGCGGCCGAGCUGCCCACGCGCCGCUGCCGCGCCGGCGUGGCGUGCGUGGGCGCCAAGGUGUACGUGGUGGGCGGCUUCAACGGCACGCUGCGCGUCCGCAGCGUCGACGUGUACGACGUGGCCACCGACUCCUGGAGCGCCGGCCCGCCGCUGGCCGCGCGCCGCUCCACGCUGGGCGUGGCCGCCAUAGGACACGUCAUCUACGCCGUGGGGGGGUUCGACGGCGCCACGGGACUGAGCUCCGCGGAGGCGCUGGACACGCGCGAGGGCACGUGGCGCGCCAUCGCUCCCAUGUCCACGCGCCGCUCGUCCGUGGGCGUGGGCGUGCUGGGCGGCAAGCUGUACGCCGUGGGCGGGUACGACGGCGCCUCGCGCCAGUGCCUGCACACGGUGGAGCGCUACGACCCGGCCGCGGACGCGUGGGAGAGCGUCGAGGAGAUGGGCGCGCGCCGCUCGGGCUGCGGCGUGGGCGUGGUGGAGGGCGCGCUCUUCGCCGUGGGGGGGCACGACGGGCCCGCCGUGCGCCGCUCCGUGGAGCGCUACCGGCCCGAGCGCGGCUGGGCCCCCGCCCCCCCCCACGCACGCCGCGCGCCGCAACGCCGCAGUGGCCGCGCACCACGCGCGCCUCUACGUCGUGGGCGGGGACGACGGCGCCGCCAACCUCAACACCGUCGAGGUGUUCGACCCGGCGACGGACUCGUGGAGCAUGCUCGGCGCCGGCAUGGCCGUGGGACGCUCGUACGCGGGCGUCGCCAUCGUGGAGCGCGCCGCGUGAUGCCGCGCCGGCGGCCCCGAGCCGCCCCCGCCCCCGUCCCGCCCCCCCGGCGCGCCCUGGCCCCACGCCCCGUGCGCGGCGCGCUGGUGCUCGCAGACGCUCGAGUUCAACGAGCGCUGCGGCGCGGGGCGGGGCGGCGCGGGGCGGGGCGGCGCGGGGCGGGGCGGCACGGUGCCGCGCGCCGGGCGCGUGCUGCGCGUGUCGCUGGCCGACCUGGCGCUGCCGCCCUGCGUGCUGCUGCUGCCGCGCCGCGCGCCGCCCGCGCCCGACCGACACGAGGACGAGGAGUGACCCCCCCCCCCCGAUCUGCGAAUGUCGCGUGUCUCCCCUUCUCUAUUGUCAGUUCUAGCGCCGUAGCGGAGCCGCGGCGGCUCGUUUCCCCUCCCCGGCCGCCGCGCGUCUCCGACGUGUUGAGUGAAUUAAAUAAAAGUACUAAAAGUAAUAAGUAG